AGCCAGUGUCGACUUGUGUCGUAGCUGGAAAGCACCCCCAGAGAUCACUCACCGGGUGGAGAAUCUGAACGCAGCCCAAGACUGACUAGCGUUCGGAAACACACGAGGGCACACUAUAUCCCCACUACUUUUCCACUUAAAUUACAGAACACACUCACGAGUGGUAUUUCCGAACGCAGCCCAAAUGUUCUGUGAGUUUCACCCACAGAACAUAUGUAAAGGUUUCACUCCCGUGGUUGUCAGCGGUAAUAUUUAUAACUUAACCUAAAGAUUCGUUAUACACUAUUAAUCACGUUUAAUAGUAUAUAUUUUUGCUUUACGCGUAAAAAGCAAUGCAAGACUUAACAUGAGAUUCCUCGUUUGAGGUUGUUCCAAAUUAAUUGCAAAAGCAAUAGCUUUUGUGCGAGGCAACAAUUUAAUUAUUUCUUAUCGAUUACUACAACCUGUUAAAAAAAUGUCUGGAAAGGGAAAGCAGAGUUCCAAGAAGGCUGUCGUCAAAGUUCGUGAGUCCGGAAAAACCACACAAUCUUCAGCAAAUAUUGAUACAAACGCAGAGGUAUUGGAGCCAACAACUUCUCAAUUUUUUUUAAAGACAGUCGACAACAAUCGACACCUGCCAAGAUAUACUAGUAUAUUAAAGCGUACAGCAGAAGAAGGUAUCAGUAUGGAUGAUCUUGAUACGCUACAAUUAGAACUCGAGACACUCUUGUCAGCAGUUGUUGUACGGCAUCGCACACUUCAAGACGAGAUUGCCAGCUUGUUUUCAGCAGAAGAACGUAAAGAUAGAAGAUCGAAGAGUGGCAAAAGCCUGUCUUUACUUGACAAGAAGAUACGCGAGGACAAGUUCAAGCCAAAGGAGACCAAUACUAAGAGUCAGUCACCUUUACAUUCAAAACUCUUUAAGCAGAAAACAGUGGGAGGUUCAACUAGUCAGGUGGUACCAAAUUUGCAUGAAAUUUCAAGGAUUGAAGGAUCCAAGUCGGAUGUGCCAAAGCUGCUCCUCCCAAAAAAUGACACGCCUAACAAGUUUUGGGCGUCAGUGGAUCCCUAUUGCACUGACAUCAUGCCUGAUGAUGUGAAAUUAUUGGAGGAGUUAAUUGCUACACAUAGUGACAUAAGUGAAUUCAAGAAAAUUCCUUCUUUAGGUCGUCAUUACAGCUUAAUGUGGGCGCAUAACGAUCUGUUGCAGGAAGAGGAUGCAGCUAACCCAAACAGAGAGAAGAGAAAGAAUCGCACAGAUAUGUCACAUUUGAUAGCCAAAGGUGAUAGAAAGAUCAAUAGCAUCACAGGACCCCUUACUCAGAGAUUGGUUUCCGCGCUUCUUGAGGAGAAUGUGUAUAUGGGGAAUAAUAAUAUGGAGAACAAAUUAUUCCGAGAUGGAGAUCCACCUGUAUUGAGGGAUCUGACUAUUCAGAAUUCUAUGAAUUUGGAGUUACGAAUGCAUAAAGAGCUAGUCGAGCAAGGUAUCUUGGAACCUGAUGCACAAAAAAAGAAUCAAGAGGAUGAUGAGAUUCUUGCAGAAAUUAAAAGAUGUCAACAGGAACUCUCUGCAUUGUCUAAUCACAAUGUCACACAAUUAAGGAGAUUAUUAAAUUUGGCCCAGGAGGAAAGCAAGAGACAAGCAUUGAAACGGAAAAUUAGUGUUGCAGAUAACGAGGUGAUAGAGCAUUAUAAAAAAUUAACUUUGGCAAAACAAAGAAAGGUGCCAUUAACGAGAAAAGAUCAGGAGAAGGCAUGGGCGUGUCUUAAAGAAAGAGAGACUCUCUUGGAACAGUUAAAUGUUACCAAAUAGUUUAAAAAUGUUUUAAACUAUAUAAUGAUUAUGUCAUAAGAAAAAUAUUUUUUGUGAUCCUUUGACAUUAUAAUAGUAUUAUAGUAUUAUAAAUUGUGGAUUCCUUAUGCUAAGAAGUACAUAGAGUAAUUCAUAAAUAAUAUAACAAUAACAAUAAGGAACUGAAGGAGAUAUUCUUUGAUUUAUUUUAAAAAGAAGAGAUCCCAUGGACAUAUAGUGGUGAUAAUAAAAAUAAAGUCAUUUUAUACUCAGUUCACAACAAGAACAUACCCAAAUCUAUGCAUAUGGAUAGCAUAGUGGAGAAAGCGUAGCACAUUACUUAGACUAUAUAUAUAAAUAUGGCACGCUCGGGCCCGCACUUACUGUUACAAAAUUGAACAGGUGAAAUAAUCUCUACAUUUCAGUGUGAAAUCGAUAUAUAUUUAAAUCACACAAGUAGGUGUCUAUGAUAUACGAAAUAGUUAAAUCCGUAAUACAAGCAUAUUUUUAUGAAAAUCGUGUUUAUAAUUGAGUAUGAGUAUUAUGUUGUUCUUUAAUAUGUAGCAUCUCAAAAAUUAAUAUUGAUAUGCUAAGUCGAUGCUCUUAUGCUAUCUGCUAAAGAAGCGAGUGUAUAAGUCUGAGCAGGAGACUUUCUCCUGCAAGAGAACGUACGCGAAACGGACGAAUUUUCGUUCGCGUUGGAUAUGUUCUUGCAGUGAACCGAGUAUAUAUAAAAAUUAAUGCAUUUAUAUUAGAUUUUCACUUAUUUUAAUAUAAAUUGCAAUAAAAUAAAAAUUUGUUUUUAAUCUCUUAUGUUUGGAAUAAGUAAUAAAAUAAAAGUACAUAUUUAAAUUUUAAUAUGAUUAAAUAUUUUUAUUAAUGAUUGUUGUUUUCUUUUUACAGUGGCUCUGUUUUCAUGAUUACAUAGGACUUUCUUCCUAAAAUAAGGAAUAUCUCCUUUAAUUUUUUAUACUUAAGAAUCACCUUGUAUAGGUUUAAUGUAAAGAAAACAAUGCAUAACUUAUAUUAUAAUAAAAAUUAAUUUAUGCAACACAUAAACAUAGAAUUUAAAAUUCGAUAACAUUACAUAUACCAAAGUUGAGCAUAUAUUUCUUUCUUGACAUAUAUGUUGCACGAUUAAUUUUUAUUUUUAAUACUAAGAAAGAAUUCCAAGUUUGAAUAAUUUGAUAUAAAUGUAAAAGAUUUCUUUGCACUAAAGCAUUAUCAUAUCAAAAUAAUUCAUAUUAUUUUACAGAAGUUAUACAUCAAUUAAUGGUUUCUAAACGAAAUAAAUUUUUGAUUUAUUUACAAUAUUCGCUAUUUAAUCUUUUAUUUAAGAAUGACAUUAAUUUUCAUUCUGCUCUUAAUAUAUGGAUAUCUUAAUGUAAAUACAGAUUUUAUAGUAUAGUUUGUAAUAUAGAAUUGAUCAAUAAAAUGUGAGUAAAUAUUUAUAAAUACA